AUGACAGCAGAUGAACAAGGGGUCACGUUACAUUGGGGAUACGAUUACGAUUAUCCAGAGCAUGAGACAAAACCACCAAAGCACCACGACCACCACAAGCCAAAGCCACCAAAGCCAACGAUUCCGCAUGUCCACGUUAAUCCAGAUGGCUCAACUGAGUAUGAAUUGAUGAUUGUCACCGAUUUGGACAGAGCCUCGAGAGCAGGAGAAUGGUUAUGGAGAGCUGUCUCCCGAAAAGGUCGCCUGACAUUGAGCCGAGACAAGAAACAUGUGAACAUCUCAUGGGAAAUAGAAUCGGAGCAUAACUUGACGUCGUCCAUGAAUGUCAAAGGACGUGCUAUGGAAUUAUCCGGCUUAUCAGUCUUCCACAAUCGCAUACUCACUCCUGAUGACCGAACCGGAAUGAUUAGUGAAAUCAGGAACGGUCAGAUGAUUCCAUGGGUAUUUCUCAACUCUGGCCCAGGCAACACGACCAACCCUUUCAAAUGCGAGUGGAUGACCAUCAAAGAUGAUUUGCUGUACGUUGGCAGCCACGGUAAUGAGUACGUGGAUAAAAAUGGAAAAGUUUUGCACCGAGACAACAUGUGGAUCAAGACUGUUACUCCUAAGGAACGCAUGAAGUCACAGCUUGGAACUUCUUAUUAA